AUGGAUGAGAUAAACCGUAACUUACUACCCGUAUUCAACCACAGUGUUGAUGCACAAGACUUGCGUCGCGAAUGGGAGGAAUGGCACAGAGCAUUCGAGUUAAUGUUGGAGCUCAAAAAUGUGGAGUCCCAGCACCGUAAAUUGGUAAUGUUGCUAACGUGUGGAGGCAGAGAUCUUCAGCGUAUUUUCUACAAUCUUCGACCAACACCAGAUGAAAUUUAUCCAGAGGCAGUGAAAGUCCCGCUGGCUCCGAUUGAAGUGCCGGAAUACGAUAACGCAGUUAAAAGGUUGAGCAAGUUCUUCAUCGGAAAGCGGAACGAACGUGUGGAACUCGAGUUGUUUCGUUCGCUAAAGCAAGAUUGUGAUGAGUCAUUUAAUCAAUUCAUCUUGCGAUUGCGCGCUCAAGCCGCGCGAUGUGAAUUCCUGGAGCGAGAGGAGAAAGAACUAUUGCAGCAGGUCACAAUGGGAGCCCGCGACGAGCGAGUGCGAGACAAGGGGCUCGAAGACGUAAUGGGUCUUGACGAUCUCAUUAAUUACGCUAUCAACAGAGAAGUUCUACUCAAGCAAAAAGCUAAAAAUAAGCCAUUUAACGAAUCGUCGUCAUCCAUUGUUGGAGCACUAAGAGAGAAGAAACCUUCACCUACUUCGUACGGGAAACAAGCACCCAAUAGAAUCGGCGUAAGGCGUCAACACGAGACGUAUCACCGCAGUGUCGAAUGCAACAGAUGCGGAUCACGACGACAUAGGAGUGAGGCAGAUUGCUAUGCCCGAAAAGCUCGGUGCAACACAUGCGGAAAAAUUGGACAUUUUUCAAGAAAAUGUAAGAGCGGUAGCAACAUUCAAAUACGCAAUGCACGAUACAGUCGCAAUCGUACACCGAUGGAAACGAACACACUUCAAAAUUCGCCCACAUGGAAGGAAGAAUUACCAAAUCGACCUAAGUUAGAUGAUAUUGCCGAGGUUAAAGUACAUGUUCCGAAUGAUGGUACGAUCACUUGCAAGAUCGACACGCUCCCUGUAGUAUUUUUGAUCGACUCCGGUGCAGCCAUCAAUACAGUGACAGAAAGCAUUUGGAAUGAGCUUAUAGACAGUAAAGCUAUUAUUCAUAAGAAAAAAUUCCAAUGCGACCGACAGUUUACGGCAUAUGCUAGUAAUAGACCACUACGUGUCAUGGCGCUGUUUGAAGGAUGGAUUUCAGUGAGUGACGAUAAACCAAAAAAUUAUGCUGAAUUCUUCGUGAUAGAAGGAGCCAGUAAGUCCUUACUAAGCAAAGCGACAGCUGAGGAACUGAAGGUAUUGAAAGUAGGCCUCGAAGUUCAGAAUGUUGAAGUUAGUCAGCCUUUUCCGAAGUUUCCAAACAUGCAGGUCAAAUUAUCAAUUGACAAGACGAUCACUCCAAGAAAGCUUGCGUAUUUGAGAGUUCCCGAGCCUAUGAAAGAAAAGGUAGACAAAAAAAUUGUUGAAAUGCUGAGUAAUGACAUUAUUGAACGGGCUGUUGGUCCUCCGGAUUGGAUCUCCCCUAUGGUCGUCGUUCCAAAGGGUAGAGACGACAUACGCCUGUGCAUCAAUAUGAAAUUCCCUAAUGAAGCAAUUCAGCGGGAGCAUUAUCCGUUACCAGUCAUCGAAACUUUUCUGAACAAGUUGAGAGGGGCAACCUGGUUUUCUAAAUUAGACAUAACCUCUGCCUUUCAUCACAUAGAAUUGCAUCCUGAUUCACGAGGCAUUACCACAUUUAUGACUGACAGAGGGCUUAUGCGCUUCAAAAGGUUGAUGUUCGGGAUAAAUUGUGCCCCGGAGAUUUUCCAGAGAAUAAUGACGGAAAUGCUAGCAGGUAUAGAUGGUGUCAUUGUGUACCUAGAUGACAUUGUUGUAGCAGGCCAAACACGAGAGGAUCAUGAUUUGCGAUUGAAGCAGGUGCUGAGUGUGUUAAAAGAAAAUAAUGCAAAAUUAAACACCAGCAAAUGCCUGAUUGGAGUGAAUGAAUUGGAAAUUUUGGGGUUCAAAGUAAGCGCUACGGGAAUAAGCCCAUCGGACGAUAAAGUGUUGGCCAUCAGAAAUUUCCGAAAGCCAGAAACUAAAGAACAAGUGAGGAGUUUCUUAGGUCUAGUUAAUUUUGUUGGUCACUUUAUUCCUAUGUUGUCAACGAGAACUGAACCACUUCGUCAAUUCAUUCGAGGUGAUGUGGCGACAUUCGGAAAAGAACAGAAGGAUGCGUUUGAUGAUCUACGAGAAGAGCUAUCUAAAAAUGUCAGGAAGCUAGGAUUCUUCGAUCCGAAAGAUACUACACAACUCUUUGUAGAUGCUUCACCGGUCGGCUUGGGCGCGGUUCUAGUUCAGAGAGAUACUUCAGAGAUCCCGAGAAUAGUGAGUUUCGCUUCAAAGGGUUUAACAGCAUCGGAAAGAGUAUACCCACAAACGCAACGAGAGGCGCUGGCCGUUGUCUGGGCAGUAGAACGGUUCUACUUGUACCUUUUUGGCAUCAAGUUUACCAUCUUCACGGACCAUAAAACAUUGGAAUAUAUAUACGGCGGGAACCAUCGGGAAAGCAAACGUGCCUGUACGCGAGCUGAAGGUUGGGCUCUUCGUCUUCAACCUUACGACUUCGAGAUUAAGCAUAUUCCGGGUUCAACCAACAUCUCCGAUAUCCUGUCUCGAUUGUGCUGCCAAGAAGAUAAGCCUUUUGAUGACAACGCUGAACACUAUCUCUGCGCUAUCGGAGAAGGACCAGUGGCCAUAACUCUUGACGAAAUUCGGCAAGCGACAAAACAGGACGAGAUUCUGGAGGCCGUUUCGCAAUCACUCGAGACUGAUGAAUGGCAGACUCAGUUGAUUCAUUAUCAGGCAUUUAAAAAAGAACUGGGAAACGUAGGUGGCAUAAUCGUUCGAGACGAUCGAAUAGUACUCCCUACAAUACUGAGACAUAGGGCUCUAGACAUCGCUCACCGUGGACACCCCGGAGUAGUCACCAUGCGGAGAUACCUCAGGGAGAAGGUUUGGUGGCCAUACAUGGACCGAGAUAUUGUUGAGAAAAUCCAAGAAUGUGCUGGUUGUGCAUCGGUAAGCUCUCAAGGACCUCCAGAGCCAAUGCAUCGAAAGGAGAUGCCGGAAAGAGCAUGGCAAGACAUCGCAAUUGAUUUCUUUUCGGCAAAAGAAUGCGCUACCUUUCUUGUCGUGGUUGACUACUUUAGUCGAUUUAUUAAGGUAAUAGAAAUGAAAACCACAACCGCGGCCAAAACAAUAGAGGCCUUGGAGAAACGAAGAGUUCUCUAA